AUGGCAAGCAAUAAUAAUAAGAAUAGCGCAAUAAGUCAAUUUUUUCAUGGAAAAUCAGUGUUUAUUACCGGCGCCACUGGUUUUAUCGGGAAACAAAUUAUGGAAAAAUUACUACGAUCAUGUCCAGGUAUUGACAACAUUUAUAUUCUCAUACGAUCAAAACGUGGUGCUCAUGUUCAUGAACGAGUUCAACAAUUGUGUUCAUUAGCUUUAUUCGAUAAUGUUCGUUUGUUAACACCUAAUUUUCAAUCAAAAAUAAUUCCAAUUAUCGGUGAUAUAACAAAAGCUAAUUUUGAUUUGACUAAUGAGGAUGAACAAACAUUAAUCGAGCAUUGUCAUAUUGUUAUCAAUUCUGGUGCAUCAAUUCGGUUUCAUGAACCAAUAAAACAAUCAAUUAAGGCAAAUGUUUGUUCAGUUCAAAGCAUGAUUAAUUUAUGCAAAAAGAUGAAAUAUCUACAGUCAUUGGUCCAUAUAUCAACUGCCUAUGUUCAUUGUUAUCGUGCAGAUAUUGAUGAAGUUAUUUAUCCUAUGGACGAUAAUUUAGAUAUGUUAUUGGAAUCUCUAGAACAUUUUGAUGAUCAUGUUUGUAAUAUUUUAACGGAGAAAUUAACAAAAAAAUACCCGAAUACUUAUUCAUAUACUAAAUCCUUAGCAGAAUAUCUCUUAUUGCAGCAAGGAAAUGAUUUGCCUAUUGCUAUAAUUCGACCAUCAAUUGUUGGCGCUGCAUGGAAAGAACCAAUACCAGGAUGGAUCGAUUCUUAUUCGGGUGCUACAAGCAUAAUGAUCGCAAUUGGAAAAGGUUUUCUUCGAACAGGCUUUUCAAAACCGAUAGUUGAUAAUUCAAUGAUACCAGUCGAUGUUGUGGCUAAUAUGACUAUAGUUAUUGCAUGGAUUACUGCGACUAAAAAUAAUUUAACAUCAAAACUACCUGUUUACAAUUGUGCUACAGGAACAAAUACCAAAACAUGUUUAUCCUAUGAAGAUUUUUUUGAAACAAUAGCAACAGAAUCAACAGCUAGUGGAUUUAACAAAUAUAGCAUCAUGCGGCCAUCGGUUACAAGUACUAUGAAUAAGCCAUAUUAUUGUUUUCUACGUUAUACUCUUGAAGUUUUACCUGCAUAUAUAAUGGAUAUGAUUGCUUACUUAAUGUUCAAAAAGCCAAAAAUGGUAAAAAUGGUUGGAAAAAUCGAGAAUUUAAAGCUUUCUCUGGAAUAUUUUACUCAAAAUCAAUGGAUUUUUGCGAAUCGAAAUAGUCAAUUGUUAAAAAAUCAAAUGAAUGACUUUGAUAGACAAGAAUUUAGUUUUGAUUUAACCGAAUUAGAUUGGUCAUCUUAUAUUCGAAAUUAUUGCAUUGGAAUAAAAAAAUAUUUACUUAAAGAAGAUUUACAACAAUCAUGCAUUAAAAAAACACAUAAACAUUCAUUUAUUACAGCAAAAAUAAUAUGGAGAACGUUAAAUCUGGUUAUUCGAAGUUAUUUACAGCAAGAUAAAAAGAAGAUUAUUUGUGCUCUUAAAUAA